UCGUGCGAGCGUUCCCAUGGAGGAGAGAUGCCCGCGACCGGCCGCUCGGAUGGGGAGCGUUGUCACUCUCGAGGCGCUCGCUGAGUCGGCGCGCGAGACGGAGCACGAGGACGGAAGCGACUCGGACGACGACCCCCUCCCCGCUUCUCGCGGCCACAGCCCCUUCUCGUCACGACUCGCGCCGCGCCGGCUGGUGGGCGAGGCGUCCGCCUCUGGCGCGGGCGCAAGUUUCCCGAUGUACGUUAUUCGAGUAUCGGACUUUCUCCGCCUCGAGCGGCUCACCACGCACAACGAGCUGCUCCGCCGCGGCCUCCUCCGCCGGCUGGACGAUCACGAUCUCGAGGCGCACGUCCACUUUGUCUCCCACCAGUGGUGCGGCCGAUCGGAGGCCGACCCGAACGGGGACCACCUGCGCACGAUGCAGGGCGCCUUUCGCAUGGCGCGCGACAGCCAGCACGACGAGCUCUUCCGCUCCACCUCGGCAGCUCCGCCCUGCAUCUCCGCCCUCGAGAGGAUCCUCUGGCGCCUUCCUUCAGCCUGCUCGGACCCGCACGCAUAGGACAAGCUCGCCUUCUUCAAGGGCUACUCGAAGAACAACGCGCGCUUCCUGCGCGACCUCUCAAGCAGCCGCUCCUCCCGGCGGAGCACGCCUCGGAGCACACCCUGCUCCACGCCGAGCGCCACGCCGGACCUGCGCCGCCGGCCGGUCGGGCCGAGGGAGGGCGUGCCCCUCCUCGCGGCGGCGGCAGCUAAGGCGGCGAGCGGCCGGUGCGGCCUCGGCGAGCGCUUCUCCUCGGGCGAGCACUCCUCGGCGGACGUGGCGGACCGCUCCUCGUCCUCCCGCGGGGGCGGGGCGGUGGGCGGGGCGAGGACGUCCCUCUCCUCGCUCAAGUCCAUCGAAUCUGGCGGCGAGGAGGCCUCCCAGCCUCCCUCCCCUUCCGGCCUCGCCUCUGUCACACCAGAGCCUCAGGGCGAGCCACUCCGGCCUAGACUCCGGUCCUAGCUCCGGCCCCUCCGGCGGGAGGCGGAGCCUUCCCAGAUCGACACUGAAGUCGACUCCGCGCUGCGACUCGCCCGCCAUCUCGCCCGCCGACC